AUGUGUAACAACUGGUGGUCGGUGUCAUCAGUGUUAGUUUUUCCUAAUGAUUUCUUUAUUGUGUUGGUUAUUGUUGCAGAAGUUAUUGGUGUUGUAAUGUUGGGUGAUGAUGGUGGUGUUGAAUGGUUAUUUAAUGAUUGUUGA